UCCAACAUGGCGAACUUGAGUCAAAAUUUAAAGGAUUAUAUGUCAAAAAGUCAAUCGAAAGAACCUUUAUUGUUGACAGAAAAUGAAUCCAGCGGGUCUUUCAGUUUUUCAAAACUGAAUCCUUUUAGAAAAUCUCAAAUAGACUCAUAUGAAGACACAAAUGCGGUGGCAAACGGCUGGUUUUCACAAGCUCAAAAAGACCCUUUCUUUCCUGGCUUAUCGAAAAAGCAGAGGAUACUGGGAUUUGUGAUAUGCCUGCUCCUUGGAACAUUCUGUUUUUCUCUGGCAUGCCUUUACAUCCCAAUGCUUGUGUUGAAAGCACGAAAAUUUGCCAUGCUUUACACACUUGGUAGUUUGUUCAUCAUUUGCAGUUUCUCCAUGCUGUGGGGUCCAUGGAACCAUAUAAAACACCUUUUCUCACAAGAUCGCCUUCCAUUUUCAUUAGUGUAUUUUGGAACCAUGUUUGCAACCAUAUACUUCUCAAUAUGGGUGCGCAGUACAGUCAUGACAGUAUUUUUUGCUGUAGUACAAAUUUUAGCAUUAGUUUGGUACAUUAUGAGUUAUAUACCUGGUGGGCAGACAGGCAUGAAGUUUUUCUCGAAAGUGUUCUAUGCUGCAGCCUCAAAGACUACCCAAAGUGUUCUCCCUGUCUAGGACUGGUUGUUCAUUACAUUCUCGUCCAGAUUUUGAUAACAUGGGGUGUAUUGUGGAUUCUAUUUGUUAAAAAAAAGCAUUUGUUAUGUUUAAUUUCUGGCAUUCUUUUUACUUAUCAAUAUACAAGCACUUUUUUACCCAGAAAUACUUUGUCAACGUUUUUGCGGGAAGUUUUGGACACUUUCAGUCGAGGAUGAGAAUGUUUGGCCGUAAUGUGAUAUAUUUAUGACUAUGUGAACAGUGUAAUCCAGAAUGAAGCUAUAUAUAUAUAUAUAUAUAUAUAUAUAUAUAUAU